AUGGGUGUCUACCAUGACCUCGACUGGCUGUUUGCCAUUGGUACGAUUUUCUUUCUCCUCUCCGUCUGGGGAAUUGGUGCCAAUGACGUUGCCAACUCCUACGCCACCUCUGUCAGUUCAAGAUCUCUGACCUUGAUCCAAGCUGGUAUAUUGGCAACAAUCACCGAGUUCAUCGGAGCUAUUGCCCUUGGCCAGCAAGUGACCUCCACCAUUCGGAAAGGUGUAUUCUCCAUCAAACGCUUUGAAGACUCGCCUGGAGUGUUGAUCAUGGCCAUGGUGGUUGCUGAAGUUGGCUCCUCCAUCUGGCUCGCGGCCUGCACAUAUCUUGGAUUUCCCGUCUCCACAACCCAAUCUAUCGUGGGUGCACUGAUUGGAGUUGCAAUCGCAUCCGAUCUCCCCGUCUCCUGGGGCUGGAAGUCCCAGAGUGUCUCCCAAAUUGCUGCGUCAUGGGGCAUUGCUCCCAUCAUCUCCGCGGGGUUUGGCGCAAUCAUAUUCAUAACCAUUCGUUUCUUGGUCCACUCGCGGGAAGAUCCCAUGAAGUGGGCGUUGCGCGUUCUUCCCUUUUACUACGCUUUCACUGCUGCUAUUCUGGCCCUAUUCAUUGUCAUCAGUGGAGGCCACGGCAUCCCUACCCCUGAAGAGCUCGGUGCUGGAAAAGCUUGUGGUAUCGUUCUUGGCGUCUUUGUCGGAGUCUGGGCCAUCAGUGCCGUUUUCUUUGUGCCUUACUACUGGCGCAGCUUGGUGAAAGAAGACCGCCGCCUACGCUUCUGGCACAUUCCCAUGGGCCCUCUUCUUUGGAAAGACGGCUACAAGUUGUAUUUUCCUGGGAACCCAGAAAGGGGUGUCGUACCUAAUUACUACGAGUCCGAACUCAUUGAAGUGAACGAAAAAGGCAAAACAGAAAGCGUUCAUACCCCUACCGAUGGACAACAAUCUACCGUUGCCAGCCCUGCGAUCGAGCCUCUCAAGGGCGAGCCCAGCAAUUCCGAGCAAGAUGCCCGAAGAGCUGAUGCUCAGAUUGCCGAGAAGAAUCAGAAGGAACUUCGAGCUCUUGACACCCUGCCCUGGGCACACCCAAAGCGGAUCUUUGCGACUUUUAAGCUCAUCUUCACCUAUGGUAUUACCCGCGAUGUCAUUCAUCACCAGUCAAAGGGCCUCGAUCACAUUCAUCAACGUGCUCCUGCAUUUGAUAACAAGGUUGAACACCUUUGGACAACUGCACAAGUGUGCUCUGCGAUGAUUAUGUCCAUCUCGCACGGCGCAAACGAUCUCUCCAACGCUGUCGGCCCUUUCACAACCGAAUACAUGACAUGGCAAUCGGGAGAAACGUCCACCAAAACCGAUACGCCGCUCUGGAUCAAGGCCGUCGGUGGUCUCGGACUUGGAUUUGGCUUCUGGACUUUCGGCUACCAUAUCAUGCGCAAUCUUGGCAACCGGAUCACCAAGCACUCACCCACACGUGGAUUCAGCAUGGAACUUGGAGCGGCAAUCACUGUGCUACUAGCCUCGCGUCUUGGCCUGCCCGUCUCAACCACGCAGUGCAUUACAGGUGCAGUGCUCGGCGUUGCCUUGGUCAACAUGGAUCUGCGUAGCAUCAACUGGACACAGCUUGGGAAGAUUUUCUUUGGAUGGGUCCUUACUCUCCCUUGUGCCGGAUUAAUCAGUGGCAUCAUUAUGGGCAUGGCCCUGAAUGUUCCCCAGUGGGGACGUUAG